UUCAUAUAAUUGCUAUCGGGAAAUCACCAUCGUCUUCGAUCUCUCAACUCUGAGAUUCCCAACACAAAUUCAUCUUCACUACACAAACCAACCACCCAAUUCAAUCCUUUUUCUCUCUUCAAUUUCCUGUCUUUCAAUCCCUCUUUUGCACUUUCACACAAACCCUAAAUCCACACAAACCCUAAUCACCAAGAACCAUGCUUUCAUCUCCAGGCCACUCACCACUCCACCUCUCUUCCCCAUCCCCAUCACCAUCACUCUCUGAAAACCCUAACAAUUUAUCUUCUUCUUCAGCAAAAAACCCUAAAAACCAACCCAUCGUCCUCGAUGAAGACACCUAUGCCGCCUCAAUCGAGAAGAUCAUCGAGCGUGACUUUUUCCCUGAUAUCCCCAAGCUUAGAGACCGUCUCGAUUGGCUCGAAGCUGUGCGGAGCGGUGAUCCUGUUCAAAUUCGCGAUGCCCAGUUGAAGAUUCUCGAGCGCCGAGGCGGGAGGGUUUCGUCGAAUCCAGACGAUACGAUUCAAGGUAAGAGUCUAACGCCCGGGUCGACUUUUUUUAGAACCAGUACUCCUUUUGAAUUGGAUAAAACUCCUAGUGUAGUGAAUAAUGAGUUUUCGGGUGGUGGUGAGUCGAAUGAUGGGUCGGUUGAUGUGUCGUUGACGCUUGAUGAGUUUUUUAGGAGGCAUACUAGUGAGGAUAAUGAUAGUUUUUCGAAAAUUAUGGAGAAGGUGAACAGGAAGAGGAAGGAGAGGUAUGGGUUUUUGAUUGAAGGUGAAAAGGAGGAAGUGGGUUUGAUUGAGGAUGCAAAGAGGGAGCGAAUUACGGAUGGGUAUGGAACGUCGGAUCAGCCUCCGAGUACGUUGGAAGGGUGGAAUUAUACGGCUAAGAAUUUGUUGAUGUAUAAUCCGUCUGAUCGGGGCGAAGCUCCAUUAACUGUGGCGGAAAGGGCAGAGAGGCUUAAUGGAUUAACGAAGGAAAUUAGUCGGUCUAAUACCCGUUUCCAUGGCAAAAUGAUGGAUUCUAGGCCAAAAGAGGAAGACACUGUUGCAGUGCUUUAUACCCCUGUUCCUGGGGCAACUCCAGUUCCAUUCUUUUUCUCAGAUAGAGAAGCAGAUAAAUUGAAGAGGUAUGAUUUGGAAGAUUUGAGAAAGACCCCAAAUCAAUUUUAUGUUGAAUCAUCUAAGAAAGCUGAUAAUGGUUAUAGCUUUGUUAAGACUCCAUCUCCAGCACCAGGCGUGGAUGAGUCGCCUUUUAUAACGUGGGGAGAAAUUGAAGGGACACCAUUGAGAUUGGAAACUGAAGACACACCAAUUGGUAUUGGUGGUAGUGGCGAUGGGCCUCAUUUUAAGAUCCCUUUGCCACCUUCUAGAGAUGUAAAGGCUCACUCAUUAUCAAGGGAUGCUGCUCGUAAAUUGAGAGAGAGGUCUAAGAUGUUUCAGAAACCACCAUUGCCAUCACCGGUUAGAGGGGCAAGUGCUAGUCCGAGUUCAAGGACACUCUCUCAUGCUGCCCAGAAGUUUGUGAGGAACGCAAUUGCAAAGUCAUCCCAUUCUGUUGAUGAAUCUCUCCGUGCCAGUUACCGGGGUGCAAGUCCUGGCGUAGGUACUCCAAAAACUGUAAGGAGUCUGUCAAGGUUUGGAAGAGAUGGAAGCUCAGAUUCCAGGUCACCUUCUGUAAGCGAGGGCUCUAAUCCCCCUUGGUAGCAUAUAUAUCUGUCCUUUUCCUGUGCUAGUUCCAUAAUGUUUCUGCAGUGCUAUUCUAACUAGAAUGUAUAAUAUUUUAUCUUUUGGGACUUGUAACACUGGUGAGAUUAAUGCAAGAACAUUAAAUAAAAUACAAAUGCUCUUACCGAAUAUUGUAUUUGGAGGUUCUUGGCCCUGUGAAAAAUGUUAAAGUUUGCUGCCCUAUUUUAAGUUGCUUCACUGAAUAGUUUGUAUUCACAAUUGCUGGUUAAGUAGUUACUAUUUUUCAGGGGAUGCUAAAAGGCCCAACUUUUGCUGA